UGCGGAUGGAGGAAGGAGGGGCGCAGGUAGGAAAAGACCAACAGGAACAUCAAGUGCGGCUAAGUGCAGACCAAACAAGCAAGGUGUUUCAAGGGGAGGCAGGGGGCGGAACAGCGCAAAACAGACAUUUUAGACGACAUUCCCAAACUCCAGUGGCUGACUCGCAUCUGUCCCCCUGCCCCGGCCAUCUGUCGCCGGCCGCCAACAGCCUCGUCCAGGGCAGCUGGAUCCUUUUUGUCUUACUUUGAUGGAGCGGCCACAAGAGCGCAUCUCGCACCAGAGGAGGGCGAAGAAGGGAGUCUGGGAAAUUAAGACGAGGGUCACCCUGCACAAUCUGUGAUAGAUGGGACUCACAGUGCGGACAGGUGUCUCGGCCGAAAUAUGGAGUACAUCUGUGUCUCUAUGUACUGGGCAGUGACGGGCAAGGACAAGGCUGAGGAGUUUGUUUUGCGCUGAUAUAUAACAUGGUGUAAGUUUCUGGCAGCUUCCGGAGCUUUUCUGAAGUGUCAAUCUCCAGCCAAGCGAGGAAUUAUCUGUUCCCCAGAGGUGAGCAGCUGCUGAAGACCUUAAAAAAGCAACGGCUUUACACACAAAUAUGCACACUGACAGGUUUUUCCUCAAAGCAUUCUGGGACAUCUUACCUGAACACCUGAGAUAGCUGUCUCGACUUUAAUUCUCAACGGGAACAUUUAGCCGAAAGCUUAAGUGCGACUACAGACAGCAACAAUUUGGUCAUUUGUUUCCUUUUUCCUUCUACUCCUCCUCCGGCACCUGUUCACUUUGAUCUCCCUCCAUCACUCCAUCCAUCCUCCUCCUCCUGCUCCUACUCUUCUUCUUCCCUCCCCUCUUUUUCACCAGCGAGUGAUAAUGUGACCUUCUGCCAAAGUGCUGGAAACCAUGCUACCGACGCAGCGGGCUCCUCUGUUGCUGCCACUGAAAUAGACUCAAACAAGUGCAGGGGAAGAGGAAGGGAGGAGGGAGAGGACGAAGGAGGGGAGGAAGAGAAGAAGAGGGCCAAAGGGGAGAGAAAGAAGGAUGAGAAAAAGACAGGAGAGGAGGAGGUAAAAAAAAAAAAAAGGGGAGAAAACGGGAACAGGACAGCUGAAGCAGCAGACACGGGAUGAGUGGUGACGAGCCAGGGCUGGAUGUGGAUUGCCGACACAGGCAGUAGGUGACUGAGAUGGGCGUUCGUCUAGGCUGCUUGAGCGACUCCCCGUGGUGGCCGCCGCCGCUGCUGCUGCUGCUGUUCUUCACCGUGCCCUUCUGCUCAGGCCGGCCUUUCGGAGUUCCCACUCCUGCUGUGAACGUGGCGGUGGUGUUCAGUGGCUCGGCCUACCAGACGGAAAUUAAAGGGCGGUUGAGCCGGGAAAACUUUAUGGACCUGCCUCUUGAAGUGAACCCCAUCACUGUGCUGGUCAACAACACAAACCCACGGGCACUGCUAACCCGCAUCUGUGACACCCUCUCCACCAACCGCGUCCAUGGAGUGGUGUUCGAGGACAACGUUGGCUCUGAGGCCGUGGCCCAGAUCUUGGAUUUCAUUUCCACUCAGACGGCAGUCCCAAUCGUGGGCAUCAGUGGAGGCUCUGCUGUUGUCCUGCCUUACAAGGCACGCGGACCGGAGGCUCGGUGCCGCGCCUCCGCAGAAGGCUGGGGGAUGUCUCGCCUUGCCCGCAUCGAUCUUCACAACCACCAGGGAAGACAAUGCACACCUGCGGNAAGCAGGGGUGGGGAACCUCCGGCCCCCGGGCCGUAUAUGGACCGCUAG